UCGCCAAAUUGGUACUGCAGCAAAGUUAGUGACACAAAUAAGUAUGGAGACUUUGCCUUUGGUGCACGGAAUCUUGUAUACUUGUUCAAUACGAGAAAAAAUCCUCCGAGUUUCCGCGGCACGUUGACAGGACACUCAGACCGUGUGACAGGUGUUGCGUUUUGUAAACACGUGGACCAUGCCAAAUUAUUAGCCAGUGCAGCCGAUGACCACCAUGUGAAAUUAUGGGAUAUCGAAGCAGAAGUGGCUCUUCAUGAGCAUAAUUGUCACCAGUCAAAGAUUACAGCCAUCGACUGGUCAGGUGUUGAUAAACAUCUUCAUUUACACCUUUGAUGAGACGGGUGUAAUAAUACAAUGGAAUUACGUGAGUGGAGAUACAAAACAGUUUUUUCCAGAGAAUGGCCACAUAUUCAGUUUGGCCUGCAGUCCACAUAAUGUCCAAUUUCUUGCCGUUGGGUACAAACUCGGUAAUAUAUUGAUAAUUGACAUUAAGAACAGGGGAUGUGUAAUACACAAAUUGAGAGGUCAUGAUGAUGAAGUUCACUCAUUGUCAUGGGCACCAACUCUGGGAGAAGACAUCAGACAGAAAAAAGGAAAGAAAAAAGAAGCAGGAAAUGGUGAAGGGGCAGUUGAUGAUCAGUCAGAAGAAGAAUUGGGAAAUGAAAUUCCUUCAUCCACUGAUGGUUGUUUACUGGCUUCUGGAAGUCGAGAUAGAACCAUUAGACUAUGGAGUACGUCUAAAGGAAAAGCUGUGCUAACACUGAAACUUCCUUCAAAAGCCAGCGGUUUCAAAGGCAAAAUGGAAGACACUGGGAAAUCUAGAGUCUGGUUGACUCUUUACUGGCCUAAGAACAAACCCCGAGAACUACUGUCCAGCUCUCAUGGAGGUGACUUGUUGAUGUGGGAUUUAUGUAAACCUGGAAAGCAGAAAUGGAAACUGCUAGGACAGAGUGAUGGCAAAGGUCAUAACCGGAUUGUAUUUAAUAUCGUACCGGGUGGUGAUGCAGCACUGAAUACUAUAGUAACAGUGUCCAUGGAUAGACAGAUUAUUUUGUGGAAUCUCAAAAGCUGCCGAGCAGUGAGCACAAUACCAACAUUGGGUGGGUUUGUAUACACCAUUGUGGCAUCACCUAUCGACCCGGGCAGGCUCGCUGUAGGUGUUGGGGAUAAUAUGAUACGUAUCUGGAAUACAUCAUCACCAUCAAACACAUAUGAUGUCACUGUGAUAUGGCAGGGAAUUAGGUCAAAGGUCACAGCUUUAUCAUGGCAUCCAUUCCGAGAAGGUCAUCUAGCAUAUGGUACAGAUGAUGGUAGAGUUGGUAUACAUGAUGUAUUCUCACAGAAACCUGCUAGUGUGUCCAAUUCCUACCAUAAAAGGACUGUGUACUGUGUAGACUGGGGUCCUCCUUGCCCUCCAAUAGACAACAAAUCUUCCCCUAGUCACUGUGUGUAUAGUUGUGGUGGUGAGGGUAUCAUACUACAACAUAAUCCGUAUAGACUGGCCGAUGAUGCUAUUGAUAUCAAUUCUGUCAUUAGGAAAACUAACAAUAUAAAACACAAAGUACCUCAGAGAAGUGAAGUGUCGUGGAAACCUGAUGGUACGGUGUGUGCAGUUGGCAACGAUGACGGUUCAGUGGAGGUAUUUCAAGCCCCACAUCUUCUGCUGCUCUGCACUAUUCAAAUCCACCAUAAAAUCAUCAAUCGUAUCGAGUGGUAUCCUGACUUCACACACAGUAAACGUAGCAGUAAACACAGCUCGGUACCUGAUAUUGAUAGCGGAGAUAACGAGGACUGCAGAAACUGGUUAGCUGUUGGUGGAAAUGAUCCACCAAUACACGUUUAUGAUCUAACAGCUAUCUUAUGUGCUGGAGUUCCUCUGCAUACACCGGUUACUGGCAGUUAUAUUACACUUAAUGGACAUUCUCAACGAGUGACUGGGUUGUCGUGGAGUCCCCAUGGUGAUAAGAAAUUGGCCUCUGUUUCUUAUGAUGGAACUGCUCAGGUAUGGGAUGUAAUGAAUGGAGAACCCAUUGCUAACUACCGUGCUCACCAUGGCAGACUGUUCAGUGUCAUUUGGAGUGUGCUGCAUCCUGAUGUAGUGUACACUGGUGGUGAAGAUUUCACACUACAGAAAUGGAGAAUAUCCCAGCAAGAAUUCAUCAAACCGCCUAAAAAUAAAAGAGCAGCUCAGAGUUCUCAACGAACUGGUAAAAGCCGUGGAAGAGGUAAAAACAGACAGAAUAGGGAUGUAAAAUCAAGGAUACCACCUCUACAGGACACCUUAGUACCUGUUGAAUGCGUGGAAAUGAUGCAUGGAGUCGUUCCACAGAUCUCCCCCGAAGAGGCAUUAAACUACUACGGGAUUGUGACUGAUAACCAGUAUGCGCCCUCUGUAGGCCAGAUACUACCUAGUGAGAAAAAGAUAAUUUCCAGUCAACUGUUUGAAGUUAGUAUGGCAAAUGUGGCUGCCUCUGAGAGCAGUGCUGCUGAUGUUAUGGAAACUGCUUUCACUGGUGCCAAAAGAGCAGAUAAAAGAAGAAAGAAACAAAAAUCUUUGUUUCCAAAUUGCAGUUCACUAGAUAAUAGGGGUAAACAUUACGUACAAGAAGACUGCCGGUAUCUAGCCAAGACCAUCUAUAGUGCCGGCAGUGAUCUGUCUAUUGGUCAAGGUGAACAUACCAAUCUAGGAAUGUUUUCUGACAGAAAAGCUGCAUUUAGGAUGUUCAAACAAGAAGGUGAUUAUCAUUUGGAGCAAGGCAAUAUAGACAACUUCAUCCAAUUGGAAAUCUGGAAGGGAAAUAUUGGAAGAGCCCUACAGGUUGCCAAGGAUAAAGGACAGCUCAAUGAUUGGCUGGUGUCAAUGGCACCUUUAGGUGGUCAGAACCUCUGGAUCCAGUCAUGUGAAUGCUACGCAAAGCAACUGUGUUCACAGGAACAGUACAUGAAAGCAGUGUCCUAUUACCUUUCAGCACACAAAGUAUAUGAUGCAAUCAACGUAUUAAAGGAACAUAAACUUUACAAGGAAGCCGUAGCUUUAUCUAAAGUCAGAUUAUCACCUAAAGAUCCUGUCUUGUUAGAACUGUACUGGGAAUGGGCUGCACACUUGGAAUCUGAUGGUAACUAUGAACAGGCUGCUAAAUGUUAUUUAGCUACUGAUAACCGAUGUGAUGCUAUCAGAUCACUCGCCAGAAGGGGAGAUAUCACAUCUCUAAAAAUAGCAUCCCAGGUGGCUGUGUAUGCAAAUGAGCUAGAUCAAGCUUCCUCAUUGGCUCUUCAGUGUGCCAAUCAGUGUCAGGAGAGUGGUGAUUGGCUGCAGGCUCAUGAAAUGCUCUUAACUCUUCCCAAUUUGAAGGGACAUCAUUUACAGCUAAUACUACAUGAGAUGCUGGUCAAGUCACUUCUACAAAUGAACUUUAUAUCGAGUGAAGCUUACCAAGAUGUGCUUUUCACUGAUCAUCCAAUCACAAUGCAGGACCGAAUGCAAAGAUGGUGUAAUGCCUUGAGUCCAGGGGUCAAAGAAUACCUGCAACCCAAGGCAUGUGGAGAUGACUUUUCCAGGUGGCCAAUCUGUACUUUUGACAACGGUGACUUAUUUUAUUGUCGAGCAAUACGAAUCUGGUUACAUUACCACAAUAUAGAGUACGAUGAACUCUCUGAUGUUUAUGAAGCUUUAUCUCAGUCCAAACCAACGAGAAAAGAACAUCUAUCUCAGAAAGAGAUUCUGCUGCAUCUGUCACAUGAGAUGACCUUGGCAUUGCUAUCUCUUGUGACAUCACAGACCCCUGUCAAUCAUUGGUUUCAAGCCAUUAUACUAUGUCAUGAAAGAGGAUACUAUGACAUGGAACAGAAUAUCUUUACUAUUAUGUUGCCUCAGGGUUGGAAGACGUUUUCGCUUCUAAGAAUGUUGAUGAAAGAAGGUACAUACUAUAAAGAUGAAAACGUGCAUAGUCAACAGUUGAAUAAACUAGACAGCUUAGAAGCAUACUACUGCCUCCUAGUUGUAUAUAGUUUAUGGUGGUCAAGGGAAGACAAUAAAAAGAGUCAACAGUUGGCUAUGUCUGGAAUGAUUGGUGGUGGUGAUAGCUACAAAGCAAAUGGUGACUCUGCUCAGCAUGUUGCAGAUGGAGAAUGCAAAGACCUUGCUGAAGGUGGUGUCACUGACAUUACUAAAUAUGGAUUUUCUUCAGACAGAGAUGCCGAACAAGAAAAAGACACUGACAUAAGUGAAUCUCGAUCUGAUGCUGAGGUAGCCUUACAAGGAUUGAAUGGAUGA